UUCCCAUGACGUCAGCCACAUAGAACACAACAAAAUGGCGUCGUACAACAACUUUGUCUCAUGAAAUAUGUCAAGAAGGAAAAAUGGGGAGAUACCCCUACCGGAGGGUUGGGAAGAGGGCCAGGAUGUUGAUGGAAAAUAUUUCUACAUUAAUCACAAUACACAACAAACAACCUGGAUCGAUCCACGAGACAGGUUCACGAAACCCCAGUCAUUUUCUGACUGUGUUGGAGAUGAGCUGCCAUAUGGAUGGGAAGAGAUUUAUGAUCAUCAAGUUGGAGUCUACUAUGUGGACCACAUUCAUCAGAGAAACCAGUUAGAGGACCCUCGCCAGCAAUGGCGCUCAGAACAAGAAGCCAUGCUCAAGGACUAUCUAGUCACGGCAAAGGAUGACCUGGAGGCUAAGAAAGAGAUCUGUACAGUGAAGGAACAGCGGCUGCAGCUUGCCCAGGAGGAGUUUCAAUAUCUCCAUGAUACACUCACAGGCUGGAAGUCCUCCAGAACGAGCUUAAAUUCCAAUUCCAGCGUAGGAAGUACCAAGUACGACCCAGACCUGUUGAAGGCCGAUGUCAAUCACGCUCGCAAACGUGUGGAGCGUCUCAAGCAUGAGCUGGCCCAGAUACGAACAGAGAUGCAGUACAAGCAAAGGGGACUCGAUACUCUUACUAUGGUUGACCGAAAGCUGUCCCAGCCUGGAACAGGUUACAGUGUGGAGGAGGCAAGGCAGAUGAUGGGGGAGAUGAAGGCUAUACAGAAGUCCCUGGUCUCUGGAGAAAGGGAGCGCCUCGAACUUAUGCAGUCGCUGGCCCUUCUGAAGGAGGACUUCACAUACGGCAAAGUGGGUGGGUCCUCCCCCGAUGUCUCCAUGAUGUGCAUACCCCUGGAGAAGUCUACCACCGCCUCACAGACAGACCUGCGUGGGGAGUUUGGCCUGAACAGCAGUCGUUACCUGGCCGAGAUGACCCGCCUGCGACUGCAGUAUGACGCGGCUAGACAGCGACUGUCCUCCCUCAAACACAUGCUGGCUGACCUAGAGGAUGAUAUGGUGCCUGGACAGAAUGAGUCAGACAAGGACAGGUUGCUGCUGGUUCAGGAGAAGGAGCAGUUGCUGAGGGAGCUGAGGGGCAUCGACACCAAGGGCCGGUCCACAGCCGAGAUUGAGCAGACCAAUGAGAAGAUACGGCAGCUGGGCAUGGACCUUAGUCACGCUAAGGAGAUCUCCAAUAAACAGAUUGCAGAGAGACUAAAAAGACAAGAGAAAAAGACGGAGAUUUUGAAGGAACUUACAGAGACUACCAAAAGAACUACAUUGUUAGAAUCUCAGCUGAAAAGCAUGUCGAUGAGCACGCUGUCCAUCUCGUCGGGUUCCAGCCUGGGCUCUCUGGGCUCCCUCUCUGCGAGCAGUUUGGGCUCUCUCAGCUCCCUGGGCAUGGAGCUCAACAUGUACGGGUCCACGGGCUCCAAUCUGCAGAACCUGCACCGCCGUGUGGAGACCCAGCUCCAGCAUAACUCCAGUGUGUCGCCUAUACAGGAGAGUGCAAUGUGUGUGUCCCCAGACGUGAUGGCGGCUGCUACAGGCAACUACCUGACAAGUGUCCUGGGAAGCAGUAAUCAGGAUCUGAGUUCAAUGGCUGGACUCGGUCUCAUGCAUGGCCACGGAAUGGGGGGUUAUGGGAACGGGAUGAACUUAGGGCAAUACAUGCCUAGCUAUAGUACAGCUGUGCCAAAUACUGCUGGAAAUAUGUUGAACUAUGUUGGAAAUGUGCCAAUGAUGGGGAAUCUUAUGUCAACAUACAGUUCCACUGUGCCAGUAGUUAGUUACCAACACUCAUCGCUGCAUGAACACUAUACAGCCACCUCUGGUGGUAGUGGGACUUUGGCUGCUUCCUCCCAUUCUUCUCUGUCAUCUAUGUCUCCCCCUGUAUCACCGUAUGACGUGGGACCCCCACCCACAUACGGCCAGCACAUGAACAUCGGUGGGCCCAAUCUUGGCAAGCCACCCCCGCCCUACGUCCCCCAGGGUCGUUUUGCCCCCUCUCCACCCACCUCCCACCACAACAGUAUAGCAAACUCAUUACCCCAUAGCAUACCUCAAGUCAGCAGCAGCAACAGCCAAUCAAAAGUAGUGUUAGAUCCGCAUCUAUCAACAGUGCACUCUCAGUCAAAAUCAGACUUGCCAAAUAGUGGAGGAUAUACGCAAUUCACCGGGUAUAACCCAUCCUACCAAUCAGGGGAUGUGAACAGUGACUCGUUUUAUAUGAAUAACCAUUUGGCUAAGAGACUUCAGUACCCGGACAUUCAUGAUAUGGGCUCCAACCCGCCUCUCAGUCCGAUUAGUGAGAGUAGUUCAGGCGUGUGUAACAACCUCUCUGGUGGAAAUACCCGGAGCAUUUCGGCGGCGGUCAGUGACGAGUCAGUAGCUGGGGACAGCGGGGUGUUUGAUGCUGUUGUGAAAAAAGAUAUGCUGGAUGAGGUGCUAGAAGCUGGACUGGAGAGUGCUCAGAUACAAAUCAAACUCAAAUUUGAGAGUGGAGAGAGUCGACUGGUGAUAGGCCUAGAGCAGGCCCGCAAUCUCACAGCAUUACAGUUCCCAGAGAACUCCAGGGUGUGUAUCAAAGCAGCAUUACUACCCAGUGCGGACAACACCUGGAUGACCGAACCCUCCACGGAUCUGAAGAACCCAAGGUUCAGCGCGGUGUUUUCCACCAAGAUACCAGCCAAGAGUCUGCUGACGAAGACGUUACAGGUCAUGAUUUGGUGCCUGCAAGACGGUAGACCAGACGAGUGUUUUGGUUGUGCAUCAGUAAGCCUUGCUGACUUUGACCUGAAAGAUGUGAUAUCUGUUCGAUGGUACAACGUACUGAGCUUCAAGUUCAUGCAAAACGAUUCACGUUCCGGUGCAGCAAAGAGGUCCCCUCUUGAAGCUACCAGUCGAAAAGUGAAAGAGAGUACAACAGUCAGCUAUAAUCAGACAGAGAGUGUCUCUCACUCACAGACUAUCUCAAUGGCAGGGCCCAGUGACAAGGUCACAGAGCUACUGGAGGCCUCCUCUGUCAGACUACGACGGGUACAGAGCACCAGUGACAAACGUGACAGUGGUUACUGUGCCCACCCGCUGGUGUGCACCCUUAAGGAGGAGAGCAGUGAUGAGUCCACAGUGAUGUCCUCCCAGACCUCCACCCUUACCCGAAACCAGGGGCCCAUAGAGGACCUGGAGGGGCCGGCAGGGGACGACACCCUCCAGCUGGGGCUGCACAUGGGGCAGGAGGAAGAUGAGGAGGAGGAGUUGGAGGACGACCUGUACUACGAGGGUCUGGACCCGGUUGCGGAGGUGAUACAAGGGCUGGAGAGGGCACUGGACGGAUUGGGGAGCAGUGAGGGGUCCACAGACAGGGAAGACCAGUCCAGACUGGAGACCGCAGAUAAGCAGACCAACACGGUCAACGUACGUGUUGAGAAUGCGCCACCGUCUACGACUGGGACGGAGGGUCGCAACAGCAAUAUACGGCGCUCACAGACCUUCUCGCCUGGGGGACAUUAUGUGUGCAAGCUAAAUCGCAGUGAUAGUGACAGCUCCAUGCCUCUCUACAAGAGAGGUCCUUUUCAGAGGAACACUGUACAGAGGCGUAGUCAUAGGUGGAAACGGAACCCCAGCACCCUGGGCGUGCGUGGUGGCAAGGUGGUGACGCGCACCUCGCUGGACAUGGAGCUGGACCUGCAGGCCUACCAGACGCGGCUCUCCAACCAGCAGGAUGAGAUUACGAGGCUCAGAGAGCUCAAGAAGCAGAUUGAGGAGUCCAAGUCUAGAGGAGAAACUGAGUUCCCCACUUGGCUCUCAGAUGAUGAACACUUCCUUAGUCUACUCAGUGAGGCAGACAAAGUGACCUGGCAAUUUUUCCAAGACCAUAUUGAUCGACAGCGUGGUGAGCAUGGGCAGAUGACGGCUCUGGAACGGCGCCAGGAGCAGAUGAUGAAACGAGUCACGCGCGAUGUGCACCGCCUCAAGAGGAACCACCCGAACGCUCUCACUAAAUCAUUCAGGGAGAAGCUAGCAUACAUCACCACAGUGCAGAUGCAGGUGCCGGUAAUUCCCUGCGAUAACCUCUCCCAGCAAGGAGAGCUAGUCAGUAAAGGGGAGGAACUCCGCCUGCAGGAGAUACUCAAGGGGGAUCAGCGAGAGGGCCAUGAGGUCUGAAGAUGGAAUCAAUUAGAGAAAGGAUGCACAAGCCUUUAAAUGAAAAAUUCCAUAAAAGCGGGAAGUGCUGCCCCUGAUUAGCCUCUGCGGACUGCACAAGCUUAUCUUAGACGGGACUUUACUCACAAACAUUUCGCCCAGUCUUCCCUGGACAUGACUCCAUUUUACAAAUACUAACAAUUGUAGAUCAGUUUGGAUAAUGGCAGCGAUAGAAAUAAUAGCAAUCCUGUAAGUCUGGCACUGGUAACUUUUGAAUCGUGUUUGCUUAGAUUCUCAAGAUGACAUGGGCAAGACUUUGUCCUGCUCUCAAUAUUUUCUGUUAUAUUAGUAAAAGUAUGAAAUGAUACGAAGUCCAAAGAGAAAUAUUUGAAGAACGAAAAUGAACAUAUGCAGACAUCUUACAGCCUUAUGGAGAAAUGUAUGCAUUUUCUGUUCUUAAAUGGGAGAUUAUUCUCCCAAAUACAGGUUCUCUUCAUUCUGGAUUUAAAGUAACACAGACCUGUUAUUACUUUGUGUAUAUGGUGUUUGCCCAUCCAUGGGGUUGGCAAAUUUGCAGAUAUUAACAUAAAAUGAAAAGAACUGCUGAGUGAGCGUCAACUUGUUAAGAAUAAUUGUGUGUGAUACAUUUUGGUUGUGAACCUUUAGUCUCACCCUUGAGGGGAUAUGUGUUUUGUUUCUACUUAAUAUUAUACAAUAUUAACACGUUUGUUAGAUCUUCUAUCUUAUUAACAACAUGAUUGUCUUACGUGUUGUCCUCUGCACAGAUGUUGAAAUUAUUAAAAUGGCCAGUAAUUUUUUUACACUUAUUUUCUGUAUUUCAGCUGGGUAUCAAUAUUUUAUCAAUGUCUGUGUAUGGAGUGGUUUUGUAUAAAUAAUGAAUAGGUUUUAGACCACUUUGUUUUUGAUGAUGUGGGUUUGGGGAUAAGCAUGCAAUUAAAAUUUAAGACUAUUGCGUGGUUGUUAACAUAAGAUAAAAGAUGUUUAUUUUAUAGCCAUUUCAAUUAUAAUGUUGCAUUUAAUAUUAUGCAGCCAUUAGUGUAAUUAAAACCCGAUAACAAAUUGGUUGAUGAAAACGUGUUACAUUUUAUGCAAUUUCUUUUUGCCUUUAACAGACUUAAAGUUUUAAUUGUAAUUUAUGUGAAAAUGCAGUGGUUGUUCAAAUCUCAUGUUUUUUUUAAUGAACCACUUUAAACAUAAAAAUGUUAUUUAACGAUAAUCAUGUUAAAGAUUUUGGUCUGUGGUAUGAAAGUGUUAUAGUUUUUAGUUUAAUGUGUGACAACAACCUUAAUCACUGCUUACAUUAGGACUAAGGUUCUGAAGAGACCUUUGUAAUGAGAGAGAUACUUUUAUAUGGUUUAUGUUCGGAGUUUAAAAUUGUGAUUCACGCUUUGUUACUGCUUAUAGCUGAAGGUAAUACAUUUCUUUUUUAGUUGUUUUUUUUCCUGCUUCCCAAGGAAAUUUUAGCUGUUUAUAAAUUACAUUUAUCAUUGUUUAAGCUCACAUACAUUUUCUUUUCAGAAAUGUUUAGAAAAGCAUUAUGGUCAUGACCUUAAACAAUAUUUCGGUAGUCAGGGUUUACAUUGUUAGCUAUUCCAAUUGAUGUUUUCUUAAUUCGUAAGUUCAACCUAGAAUGUCAUACAUUCAUUUGAGAGUAAAAAUCAUUUACUUGUGGUGGACACUGUCAUUUAUAACUAGGUUUAGGCAUGAAACUAUGUACCUGCUGUACCGAUGUAUACAAAUGACCUGCAAUCUGAUAAAAUCUGGCUUAAGGCAUGUAUGCAAAGUAUUGUCUCAGAUUGGCCUGUGCAGUCCACACAGGCUCAUCAGAGACUACCUUUGCAGCCUAGUUGAAAUAUUCUAAAGCGAAAGUGUCUUCCCCCAUUAGCCUGUGCGGACUUCUCAGGCUUUUCUGAAACUGUACGCAUGCAUUUAGCAAGGUUUUCUAAGAGCAAGGGUCAUUUGUGAAGGAAGCAGGUACAACAAGUUCACACUUGAUGUGGUAGAUCACUGAUGAUUUGAGAUUUGUUUUACCUUCAGAUAUAUACAGUUGUGAUUUUUUAUAAACGAUUUUACAUUGUGAUAUUCGUUUAAUGCCUGUUGGAACCAGUAGAUCUGGACUGUCGUGUUUAGUGCGCUUUCAACAAUAAAUUGAUCGCAUGUGGGCGUGAAUUUGUACAGGUUUACAUGUCAUAUUUAUACAAAUUGUGCUAUAUGUUGCCAUUUUUUUUAACACAAGACACAUCUCCAUUCACGGAUUUUACUGCAUCAUCCCAAAGUUUAUAUCAGAACUUGAGUUAUAUGCCCGGUUUUAUAAUGCUGGUUUUAAUGUUUGUGUUUUUAUAUUCUGUAUUGGAUUGUGAGAUUACCCAAAGGUUUAGGCUUAAGCAAAUGCACUGUCAACAUCUCAUUUCAUGUUUUCUGUCAAAAUUAUUAAACACUCGAUUUAAAAUUUUGUUUUAUAGUUUGAACAACAGCAGAAUUCGGUGAUUUUUAUGUCCCCCACCACUAUAGUGGGGGAAAUAUUGUUUUUGCCCUGUCGGUUGGUUGGUUGUUUUGUGUGUUUGUUUGCUCCAACUUUAACAUUUUGCCAUAACUUUUGCAAUAUUGAAGAUAGCAACUUCAUAUUUGGCAUGCAUGUGUAUCUCAUUGAGCUGCACAUUUUGAGUGGUGAAAGGUCAAGGUCAUCCUUCAAGGUCAAAAGUCGAAUAAAUAGCUUCAAAGUGACGCAGAAGGGGACAUAGUGUUUCUGACAAACACAAAUCUUGUUGUAUUAAUAAAAAAUAUAUAUAUGGACAGGAAAAUGACACAAAUAGAAACCAUUUAAAUCUUGGUGUAUAAAAGAGAGUUUGGUUUGUAACAAGUUUUUAUUAUGUCCGCAAUCAGUUUUUUGGAUUACUUAUCAAAGGGCAGAAUUUGAGGGAUUAAAACAACUUUAGCCAUGCAGAAAAAAUACAUGGAAAGACAGAUCAACGCACUCAAUUAUUUCCAUGUGCAAGUUAUUUUGUACGGAUUUAUCUACAUGCUACUUUUUGCAUAACAAUGUAGUUCAAAUCUAUUUGAAGUCCUCUGAAAAGGCCAUUUCUUACAAAAGUGAAAGUUACACAAUUGGUAACAAAUUUGUCUUGAUAUUAUUUCAUUUUUGAAUCAUGUUUUUUCAAAUGCAGUUCCAAACCAAAGUGUCCUUUUUUGCAGUUUAGUUGUACAUUGUAGGGGAUUUAGUAUAGAAUAGUCUAUAAUUAUUAUAUAUAUAAUUAUAUAUAUAUAUAUAUAUAUAUAUACAUGUAUAUAUGAUAUAUUUUAUGCAACCUUUCAUGGUGAUAUUAGGACUGAAUGACCCUUGACGGGGCAAUUGUUGUAUUUUAAUAUAAAUGUAUACAUUUCUAUUUUGCAUAAAAAGAAAUAAAAUUCCAAAGACAGUGAA